AUGGAUGCUCUUGCUGGCAGCCCUUUGGGAUGGCUCUGCAUGGGUGUCACUGUGAUUUUUGGGGCCACUGUGCUCUGCAUGGCCAAGAGGAGCCUGGUGGAGAAAGGCAGCGUGCUGGUCUGGAGCCUGCUGCCUGCCUUGCUGGGGCUGCUGUGCGGGACUAUGCUGGGGGCUUGCGGAGGGCUGCUGGUGUUCUGCGGUGCGUGCCUUGUCUCCUCCGCUUACCUGGGUGGCACGGCGCCACUGCCCGUGGGUGACAAAGCCGUGCUCGUCACAGGAAGCGACACUGGGAUUGGACACGCGCUGGCUAAGUAUCUGGAUAACUUAGGUUUUGUUGUGUUUGCUGGGGUUUUGAAUAAGGACGGCCCUGGAGCUGAGGACCUGAGGCGGACCUGUUCUCAGAGGCUUUCUCUCCUGCAGCUGGAUAUAACCAAUCCCACCCAAGUCAAGCAAGCCUAUCUACAAGUCUCGGAGAAGGUGCAAAAUACAGGGCUUUGGGGAGUUGUGAACAAUGCGGGAAUCCUGGGCUUCCCUGCUGAUGGUGAGCUGCUCCCCAUGAGUGUGUACAGGCAGUGCAUGGAGGUGAACUUCUUCGGGGCCGUGGAGGUGUCCAAGACCUUCUUACCAUUACUUCGGAAGUCCCACGGGAGGCUGGUUAACAUGUCCAGCAUGGCAGGAGGCAUUCCGCUACCGAGGUAUGCUGCGUACGGUGCAUCAAAGGCAGCUCUGUCCAUGUUUUCUGGAGUAAUGAGGCAGGAGCUUUCCAAAUGGGGAAUCAAAGUUGCUGCCAUCCAUCCAUCAGGCUUCAGAACAGGUAUACAAGGCACAUCCGAGCUGUGGGUCAAGCAAGAAAAGGAGCUGGUGGAGCACCUUCCAGCAGACGUGAGACAGGACUAUGGCGAGGACUACCUGCUGGGGCUGAAGAGCUACCUCCCGCAGAUACCUGCGUACUGUGAUGCCGACCUCUCCCCGGUGCUGAGCUCCCUCCUGCACGCCUUGCUGGCCAGGCGGCCCCACAGCUUGUACACCCCUGGCAGAGGGGCUUACGUGCUCCUCUGCAUUUUCUGCUACUUCCCUCUCUGGUUAUAUGACUUUUUCAUUAGUAAGUUGAUGAGCAUUGAGUCUGUCCCAAGGGCACUGAGAACACUGGAGGCUGAAAACAAGAAUCUCUAA